AAAGGGCUGAUGAUAUGUUAAUAAACUCAUCCUUCUUUUAUCUAGUUCUUCAAAGAUUGGUAUAAGGCACGACCUAUUUUCUUUGGCAAACACUUGAGGGAAAAAUUGUCUGUAAAAACCCAGGAAGGUUUGCUAGAGGAAGAACUGUCUCAAUGUGCUUGUAUAAAACAAAGAGACAGCACAUGCACCCCGCAUGGCCUGAUCUUAGUUGGGACCACCAGAUGCUGCUGCUUCAUCAUGGCCAGAAAACAUCUUAUCCUCUACUGAGUAUAUAUGAAGAAGCCUUAGCUCCAUUAGCACAUUGCUAAUUAUAACUCAGUCUUUCUCCAGCAGAUGCCUGCCUGUUUUGCUGAGAAGCAAGAUUCAAAUGUAAUUCAUUUAAAAAAAAAAAAAUAUGUGUUUUACCUCACACCCCAGGGUCUGGCUGCAACAUGUGAAGAAAAUAUCAGGGAGAGUCUUGCCCUGUGCCUGCAUGUGUCAUACCUAUGCCACAUGAAAAAAGAGGACCUCAUUUUCAAGAGUUGCCAGCUUGACAUCUUUUAUGAGCCCUACUGUAGAUUAUAGAUGAUGAUCAAAAGGAAGCGUGCAGAGGGGUAGAGGUGCUGUCUGAUAGAUGCUCAUAUAGUUAGAAAUUAUUGAAGGGAAGGUAGAAGCAUUUGGGAACAAAAAUAAUAAAGUUAAAUUAAAAUCCAGGGGGCUGUAGGCCUAGAUGAACUAGGAGAUGCCAUGAGGUCAGCCUGCCUGCUCUGGAAGGAAAUGACUAUCAGGAGAUUGGGUCUGACAAAUUUCAUGUUUGAGGGAGUCUCAGACCAGCAGAGACUCCUUGUGCCUGAAGAUGGGUGACUGCAUCUGAAAGCUUGCUAAAAACUGUUUUCCAACUACUCAGUUGGUCUAAUAAAAUAUAUCACAUCUAUUCAAAGAACCUUGCCUGCCUACAUCCUUAGACCAACACGGCUACAACCAAAAACCCAUGUUUGAGGGAUACUCUCUCAGUGGAGGCUCCAAGAGGAGAUUGGACAGAUUAACAACAGACAUGGUCCUCACAAGCAAAAAGGGAUAGUAAAAACGGCUUGGAAAUUUAAGGAAAAGGCCUGAGAAGUGAGAAUAACAAUAUUAUCCAGUGGAGUUCUAAAAUCUCAGUCAUUGCAGUGAUUUUCAUUCCACAAGAGCACAGAUAAGUAGCAGUGAACUGGAAACAUGGGUGAUAUACGAAACUUCACACAGGCAUUGGAAAACGUUUUCAAAGAGAUAUUUCUUAACUACAUGAAUGGCUGGAGGAACAACAUGACAGAAGAACAAGAUGCACUACAAGAACGAGUCAACGCUGAAAACUUCAACUAUGUUAUCUUGUACCUGAUGGUGAUGAUUGGCAUGUUCUCCUUCAUUAUUGUGGCUAUCCUGGUCAGCACGGUUAAGUCAAAGAGGCAAGAGCACUCUGAUGAUCCAUAUCAUCAGUACAUUGUGGAUGACUGGGGAGAAAAGUAUAAGAGCCAGAUCCAGAAUAGAGAAAACUUUAAGUGUACAAUCCAUGAAAACCUUGGUGCAAGGGAGAAAAUGAGCUCACCUUGACUUAUUUGAGACUGUAACAGUGGACAAAUCAUAAAGUACUGCCUAUUGAUUUUGUAAGGAUUUUAGUUGCCUUUACACUAUUAGCUGUGUAUACAAAGAUAUAAAGGCAUAAAUUGUUCCAGGAAAAUAAAGUUUACUGCUGCACUGGGA